AUGAGCAAAAGGAGCGGCACGUCCAACCGGCUCGGCCGGUGCAUGAAGGCGCCGCUCCGUGCGCUGUGCCACGCACGCGACUUCUACGUGCGCAGCAUGAACAGCUGCGCCGGCCGCAUGGAGUACGGGCUGCAGAUGGGGGAUCUGCCUAGAAGCUACAGCCUUCAUCAAUCGACGAGAAGCAGCGCCAGCGACGAGGACCUGAGGCAGCUCAUACGUGCCGCGUCGCUGAGACGCGCCCUCUCUCAGUCUACGGUCCAUGGCACGCCACCGCCACCGUCGGCGGUGCCGCGGAGCCAAAGCGUGGCGAUCGGGAGGAUCGACGAAGACAAGCCCUGCGAAUUCGGGGACGCGAAGGUGGGGGCGGAUUUCUUGUUGCCGAGGAGCCGGAGUUAUGCUCCCGGAAGAGAGAGGAACGCGAGGUUGUUUGUCUGA